AUGUCCGCGGGGUGCCUUUCACUCUUGUUUUGGUGGAGUUCCAUCACCCUCGCCAACUUGUCCCUACCUGAGUUCUCAGUGGAUGUCCCUUCAAUGGGAACCGUGAGCAACCUUUCUUGUGCGGCGAUUGGAAUUGGUGCCACAAAUUGGACAUUAAACUCAACUUAUUGGUCUGCGGCGACAACAGAGCUCUCCGACGUCAAAUGCUCUGUGCAAUUGGACCCCUUCUUCUCGAGCUCCCGGCUGUUUGGCCACGCACAGCUGCCGCCCGUGCACCUCACAGCUACCAAGUCUGUGGACGACACGUGCCACAACAACGGCGCCGUCUUGGAUCAGUGCAUUUUCAAUGUUUCUGUGCAGAGCCUGCUACUACAACCGCCGGACGAAAUAGUGCAAUCUGUCUUGGACGACCUCAUAGGUACGAUUGGGGAUCAGGUCUCACAAGGCAUCUGCGUCGCGGGCCUACCUCCCUUUUUGGGGCAACUUAAAAAUCAAACAGUCUACCCGCCCGCACCGCCCCCGCCUCUGGUUGAAGGAGCCACACCGCUUGGAGAUCUGGCGUUGGCGCGAGGCGUUGUGAAGGCCAUUAACAAGGCUCCGGCUUUUCUUGGCAUACAGACCAAUGCCUCAAUCCUUGCAGGUACAACAUUGCGCCUGGGGUUGACAUUUACCAACGGGGUUCACCUGAAAUUUGACGGCCCUGCUGCGUUGAAGGAUUCAUUGGAAAAGGUGGAGGGUUUGUUUGCCAUGAUGGGGCUUCAGGAGGCUUUUAAUGACAUCACCCAGCAUUUGCCGGUUGUUGAGAAUGGCUUCGUGGAGCUAAACAUCCCGCAAACCUUCCACCUCUCUGCAGAAGUCGCGUUUAAUGACUUCAGGUGCGACAAGCACGGCGAGAAUUGCAGUGUGCCGAUUUCCAACGGUGUCACAGUUCAAAAUAUCCGUGUCGAGAACCUCGGUGAAUAUGACCACAUCGUGAUAAAUAACCUGGGACCACUUUUGUCACAACUUUUGGGUAAAAUGCUUGGAUACAUGAUGAGCUAUGGGGUUGUUAAGGAUUCCCGUGCAUACCUUCCAGAUGUGAAGAAAAGUGAGUAUUCAACUACACCCUCAACUCCGCUUUUGGUGAGCAUGAUUGUUAUCGGUGUGGCGCUUAUUUUGGCAACCGCCGCCAUGAGUGUGUGGCGUUACCGUCGAAAUGUGGUAACUACACGCGAAGGUGACCCCAUCUCAUUGAAGCGUGUGCUACUGGAAGACACUGCCUUGAUGACUAUGACCGUUCUCGCAGCCAUUGGCUUUACUUGGUCCAACGUCACGACUGCGGCCAGUUUGUUUUUGGGGGAAGAUUUUCCAUUAAUGAGUUUUUCACUCAUGGACUCUACAAGAAACAUGUAUCGUGCACGCGUGUACGUGUUUGCGGUCCUUGUUUUUGCUUUCAGUGGUGUCUACCCUUACAUCAAGCUGGUGUUCAUCGUUAUAUGCACGCUAUUCCUACAGAAACCCGAACUGGUGGCCUUGAGGCUGGUUGAUUACUUUGGCAAGUUCUCGUUCCUCGAUUCCUGCGGCAUGCUCCUUAUGGUGUCAGGGCUGCAGCUGGAAGGCGUUGCCUCGGUGGAGCUGCAUCCUGGAUUUUACUUUUUUCUUGCGGCAACGGCACUUUCCAUUUUUAUUGGGAAUUACGCGACCACCAUCUGGCGUCGCAACACGUCACUUCGCAAAAAAGGAAUGUUGAAGGGGCCAGUUGCCUGCGAUGUGCCCGAGGCACAGCCCAAUGAGAGGGACGAGGGCAAGCAGAGGAAUUGGUGGGCCAUGCUGUGGAGUAAGGACAUGCUUUUGCGAUUGGCUAACACCACAUUUAUCUUUGUAUGUGUCAUUCUCUGCUGGGUGGUUCCUUGUGUUCGGUACACCGUGAAGGGAAUGGCUUCGGUAAUUAUGCCCGAAGACCGUUCGAUGACUCUAUGGGAGAUCAGUGUCACGAACAUAUUUUUCCUCAUCGUCUGUAUUUUUACCAUUCUGAUCGCUCCGGUUCUUUAUGCCCUCAUGUACCCACGCUGGUACGUGCUCGCGUCAUGGUCUGCAGCUGACGCACUUCUCCUGGCGUGUGUCGCUGGUCUAUAUCAAAUUGAACAGUUUGUACGAUACAUGCUCGGCGACAAAAUGAGGGACAUUUACGGUGCCGGUGCAACGCUGCUUUGGCCGCUCAUUCCACUGCUGAUCUCCGCCGUCUGGCAGUGGGUGCUCGCUGCCGAACACACUUUUAAGUUGAGGCGGCAUGUGCGGCAGUGGCUGGCAGCACGCAAAGCGUCACAGUCCUCUGAGCCUCUCUAG